AGUGGAUACUUACCUCCGCGAGUAGUUUUGAUUGUUCUGCAACUUUUGUAUUGAUAAAACCCCGACACAGCUGCGGCGCCCUGCUUCUGUAGUUGUACCCCUUUGUCCUUGGCAGGGUUGAAAAAAGAUAAACAUAAAGCCAGUAGCAGUACAUUCCAGUUCCAACACCACGACCAAAAUGUUGUCCCUUUUGAAAUUCGUCCUCUCCACCUCCCACCUUUUCUUCACCACCCUAAUCCCGGCGAUGAAGACCAAAACCGAGUCCAUCGCCGACACCGUCCUCCACCUACUCGAGGAGGAGUGCAUCCCCUACCCCCGCCCCCAAUUCGUCGAGUCGUUGCACACCCUGGCGAUGAAGGGCGUGGAAGCGAUGCAAGCGCUCCACUUGGACGGCCAAGGGCCGGGGAUUGCGUUCUUGACCUACAUGACGGGAAUCUACGAACUGCUCGCCGACCACCCCUACUCCGCGUUCGAGUGCCCGCUGCUUUUGACCGCGCAUUGCAGGAAAACCGCGGACUUGGCUCUCGCCAUCGGGCACCGGAACCGCGCGCGCGUGUUACUGCAGAUCGGGAACAUGUUUUAUCCCGUGCAAAACUAUGACUAUCGUAGUACUCGUAGUAAUCGCAGUCAUGCAUUACAAGUCUCUUUCGUAAGGCACAUCCGCAUUGCAGAUUCUACUUUUCGUGCUAAGGAAAUUUGUAAUGCAAUUCAUACUUUACUAGUACGACUACGAUGCUUUUGCAAUUCAUAUGUUUAAGCUCUCGGCCAUGUCCCGUUGGUGGUCGGUGGUCGGCGAAUACCGGGAGAGAAAGGAAAAACCGCCAAAGGAACUCCAGAGGUUCCACCCCCGGAUGCAGAUGGACUACUCGCUGGGAUUGAGUGUUUUAACGAGCGACCUGAUGGAGAAGCCGCGGGAGUAUAAGAGAUGGAAAGAUAGAAAUACAACUACGAGAAAUAAAGAUUUGAAAAUCGACGUCCUCAGCAUCUGCGUCUACAAGCCGGACAACACCUCGAACACGGUUUUGGAAUCCCCGCUACCGUAUGCAUUGCAAAAGUAUCGCAUUCGUAUAUUAAACCGCAGCUAUGCAUGACAAACCUAGACUCCAUACCUGAAUCAGCAUUACAAAUUCCAACUUUUUUCUUCAAAAAAAUUAAAUUUGUCUUGCAGUUUAUACUAGUGCGAUACUUUUGCAAUGCAUAUAUCGCAGAUGAGCCCGAAAAACCACCAGCAGUACGUGGAUUUCACCGGGUUAAACGGGUAUUUCCUCCACACAUCGUUAUUAACCCCGCCCGACGUGGAAGCGCACUACAGCAAAUUCCUUGCGGUCAUGCAGCAUCUCUCCGAGCACCCGGAGACAGAUUGGGUAUUCUUCAUCGACUGCGACGCGUUUUUCACGGAUUACGACACCACGGUGCAGGACCUACUCGCAACCUUCGCAUAUGCUGUGCAAAAAUAUCGUACUAGUAGGAAUCGCAUUACAAAGUAGCUUAACAUGAGAAAUGGAAUUUGUAAUGCGGAUCUCCCUUAAGAUGGAGACUUGUCAUGUAUGAUUGCGAUUACUACGAAUGCGAUACUUUUCCAAUGCAUAUCGCAGGGUUAGAAAAAGCCUCGUCGGAAGCCAUACUGGCGGAAUCAGAAUCAGAAGCGGCAGAGCAAGAAGAAUCCUCGCCGGUAAACUUCAUCGUUGCGGAGGACACCGGCGGGAUAAACACGGGCGUGUUCGCGGUGAAAAAUACCCCUUGGUCGAUGGAAUAUUUGUCAAGAGUGACGAAGUCGCCAUUUACGACAGCGUGGGACCAGAGCAUGUUCUUCAUGGAAAUUGUCAACAUGACCUUGUGGGACUACUCCGACGACUUCAGGUAAUGUAAUGAGAUGUUGUUGGGCUUGCGCUUGGGGUGUAGGUAUGAAAUGUUUCUCGUUCGGUUUUUCCGAUCCGACGCAUACGCGAUCCGUAUUUCUCGGUAGCCACCUCAUUGUAAAACCAAAACUCCAUAUAUCGCACAGGUUACCAAAAGAGGUCGUCUUCGUGCACCAAUCCCACCUGAACGCGUUUGUCCCCCCUGCAAGUUAGGACUGGCAGGCCUACGAGUGGCAGCCGGGCGACUACGCCCGGCACUUUGCCGGGUGCCCGUGGCAGGAGGCGCCCUGCCUGAAUAUGAUGUAUGAAACCAUGGAAUUCGUCGAAACGAAUUUUGGGCCGCAAAUGCGGGCCAAGGGCGUAGCAGCGGUCGAAGUGCCGCCGAAGGGAGAGUAUGUAACCAGGCUGCCCAGAGGGUGAAGAGACAAAGAACCGAGCGAUGCUCUUGCCAUUUUCUAGAUAUUGAUAUUGCUAAUGCUAUCGCAUGAUAGUCAGCAAAGUAUAGUAAGCAGAAGCUACACCACACCCACGUGGUCUUCAUUGGCGAGGACGAUCAACAUCGCGAAUACACAGAUGACACCAGCACAUGGCAGAAUGCGUGUCGUGCAUGUUCGUCAAGCGACUACAACAUGAGAGAACGGCAACGGCUGAGUCCUCAUUGGAAU